AUGGCAUGCAACAAGAAAGUAGUGCUUGGUCUCUUUACCCUGGCCUUGUUCCUCGUAGCGCAUUACGCAGAGGCGGCAGAUGUGUGCAUGACGAGGAACUGGUAUUUCUAUGGCCCGUGCAUGAGCAACAAGAAUUGCGCGGCUUCGUGCAUCCAACAUGACAUUGGCAGCGGUGGGUACUGCUCCUCCUGGAGACGAAUAUGCAAAUGUACCCUUCAAUGUCCUUGGAGAAAAACAACGCUAGCCGGAAUCGAGUUGACACACAGCGGGGACAAGCCGAAACCCUUGGACAUGCCUAGGACGGAACUAUCCAACUGA